UUACUCUAACUCAGCAGUGAGCGUCAGCAGUUCCCCAAAAUCUCAGAAGUAAGAACAGUAGGGGACUCCCAAAAGCCCCGAUGACAGAAGGUUUAUCUGCCGAUCUCAGUGAGUCUAAAAUAUCAAACAACACCGGGGACCGUGUUCACCAAACACAUCAGCAGCAGGAUCGCUUUUUAACAAACUCGAUUUUGUGUCAUUUUAACUUUUUUUUUUGAAUGAAGUUUUCGCGAUCAACCGAGUUGGCAUAGACUUUAGUGUAUUCCAAAAAUGAUCAACCCCUUCAUGGAUUCCAACCCCCAUCUACCACCGGGGGCUCUGAAGCUGAGCCCACCUCACCACAUGAACGAUGGGGGGUUCGUUCACGGACAAUCCAACCAGUUCAGUCCCCCAUCCAGUGGAUACGGGGUUCCCCAUUCUCAUCACGUGAGCAGCUACUCGGCCCGGGAGUUCUUACUACGGCGGCCAGACAUCUCUAUUCCGGGACACGAUGCCAAUGGGAACAGUCAUUCGGGGAUGUUCGGAGCCACGGCGGGGGCCUUCCACUCCCAUCCCUCGGAAACAUCUAGUCACAUGUUACUAUCUGGACUCCAUGAGUCUGCCCACUACCCCAGCAGCCAUCAUCACGUCAAUGGACGGUUUGGACUUCAUUCGGACAUGUAUUCACGCGCGGAGCAGUACAACCAAAUUGCACCCCCUCGUCAUGACCAUUUCCCGACCCCUCAGCCUUUCAACAUGCCCCCCAUGAACGGAAUGAACCCCAUGAACAUGGGAGCCCAUGGACCGGGAGCCUUUUUCCGUUAUAUGCGGCCUCCAAUAAAGCAGGAACACACGUGUCUUUGGAUAGAGAAGGACCAGUUGGAGCCGAAAAAACCCUGCAAUAAAGUGUUUUCGACUAUGCAUGAAAUUGUGACCCAUUUAACAGUUGACCAUGUCGGUGGGCCCGAGCAGACGGACCACGCCUGUUACUGGCAAGAGUGUGCGAGGGAUGGACGCCCGUUCAAAGCCAAAUACAAACUUGUCAACCAUAUCCGAGUCCACACAGGAGAGAAACCGUUUCCUUGUCCGUUUCCGGGAUGCGGAAAAGUGUUCGCGAGAAGCGAGAAUUUGAAGAUUCAUAAAAGAACACAUACAGGUGAAAAGCCGUUCAAGUGUGAAUUUGAUGGAUGUGAUCGUCGAUUUGCAAACAGCUCGGACCGGAAGAAGCACAGUCACGUGCACACGAGUGACAAGCCUUACAACUGCAAAGUUAGAGGCUGUGACAAAAGUUACACACACCCUAGUUCCCUCCGAAAGCACAUGAAAGUCCACGGGAACAUCUCCCCGAGUAUGGAAGAGAAAGAUUCCGACGACAGUCAUUCUGACGGUGAAGCCCCUCCCUCUAGUCCGCCAUUAUCAAAAUCCCUUCAUACUCCGAUCCCGACCAAUACCACCGGAACCGGAAGUUCACAGCCGCAGCAACAGCAGCAGCAAACUCCGCCCGUUUCCUCAAUGUCGAGCCCGACCUUGCCACACGAAGUAAAUUCUAGUCUUCCCCAUAAUAACACAACGAACCUUAGCGAAUGGUAUGUCUGUCAAGGAACGAAUGGACCCCCGGGAUUGAGUGUUUCUCACACGAGCGAACAAUCAGCUUUGGGCACACUCGGCCAUCUUCAAAAUCUACAACCCCCUCCAAUACUUCAGUUCUCUUGAGAAAUCGAUCAUUGGUUUUUUUUUCUUUCACCUUAAAGGACUUGUCUAGAUCAUCGGUGUUAAAACAAAGACGAUCAUACCCACCUCCUGCAAAUAAUUCUACACCUAAUGAUCGAUAUUUGUUGAUUCUUGGGCAGGUAUGCGUUCUCUGUGUUUUGAAUCCUCAAGCUUUCUUGAUCGGGAUCGGGGGAUUAUGAAAAUGAUUUGAAGACGUGACUUAUCAAUGUGUAACUUACAUUUCUACUGUUUUAAAGCGACCGAGGGGAACGGAUUCUCACGAGUUCUCCCCCAGAUGUUCUAAUCUACAGAUAACUAUAUAUUUGUAUUAGGUUUUAAGUUAUUUUCACAUUUCAUGGUAUUGUCAUUAAUCAAAUUAUACACCUGUAUAAUGAUAAAUGAACAUUGAAUAAUUAUACCCAUGUAUAACAUGGUAAAUAAUGUAAAUAAAAUUCCUAUGAAUAUAGA